UUGGUCGAAACAAGACAAAGACGUUCCUAUGGAAACUCUUUUUAAAGGACAGGUCGACUCCCCCUUUUACUUCUAACGAAAGCCGUUACUCUCGUCGGAAGGUCUAAUCGAGCACUACAUUUUUAACCGAGUUUUCGCUGUGGUAAAUCAUUCGUCAUCAUGCGUGAAUGUAUUUCUGUCCACGUUGGCCAAGCCGGAGUUCAGAUCGGUAACGCGUGCUGGGAGUUGUACUGUUUGGAACAUGGAAUUCAGCCUGAUGGCCAAAUGCCUAGCGACAAAACCAUCGGCGGAGGAGACGACUCCUUCAACACGUUUUUCAGCGAAACAGGAGCAGGGAAACACGUUCCUCGUGCUGUGUUCAUCGACUUAGAACCAACCGUUGUCGAUGAGGUUCGCACUGGUACCUACAGACAGCUGUUUCACCCUGAACAGUUGAUCACUGGCAAAGAAGAUGCUGCCAAUAACUACGCUCGUGGUCACUACACUGUCGGGAAAGAAAUAAUUGAUCUUGUUCUGGACAGGAUCAGAAAACUGGCUGAUCAGUGUACUGGUUUGCAAGGUUUCCUUAUUUUCCAUUCCUUUGGUGGUGGUACUGGCUCUGGAUUUACUUCUCUGCUCAUGGAGCGUCUGUCAGUUGACUAUGGCAAGAAAUCCAAGCUGGAAUUUGCAAUCUACCCUGCACCACAGAUUGCUACAGCUGUUGUAGAGCCCUACAACUCUAUCCUGACAACUCACACCACUUUGGAGCACUCUGACUGUGCCUUCAUGGUCGACAAUGAAGCCAUCUAUGACAUCUGUCGCCGCAACCUGGAUAUUGAGAGACCCACUUACACCAACCUGAACAGACUGAUUGGUCAGAUUGUGUCAUCAAUCACUGCUUCACUGCGCUUUGAUGGUGCCUUGAAUGUUGAUUUGACUGAGUUUCAGACCAACUUGGUACCAUACCCCCGUAUCCACUUUCCUCUGGCCACCUAUGCCCCAGUGAUCUCAGCAGAGAAAGCUUAUCACGAGCAGUUGAGUGUUGCUGAAAUCACCAAUGCCUGUUUUGAGCCAGCUAAUCAGAUGGUUAAAUGUGACCCACGUCAUGGGAAAUACAUGGCCUGUUGUUUGCUGUACCGUGGUGAUGUGGUACCCAAAGAUGUAAAUGCUGCCAUUGCAACAAUCAAGACCAAGAGGACCAUUCAGUUUGUGGACUGGUGUCCAACUGGCUUCAAGGUUGGCAUCAACUAUCAGCCUCCUACAGUUGUUCCUGGUGGUGACCUGGCCAAAGUUCAGCGUGCUGUUUGUAUGUUGAGUAACACCACAGCUAUUGCAGAGGCCUGGGCCCGUCUGGAUCAUAAGUUUGAUCUGAUGUAUGCCAAACGUGCGUUUGUCCACUGGUAUGUGGGUGAGGGUAUGGAGGAAGGAGAGUUCUCUGAGGCUCGUGAAGAUUUGGCUGCAUUGGAGAAGGACUAUGAGGAAGUUGGAGUGGAUUCUGUUGAUGCAGAAGGGGAGGAAGAAGGAGAGGAAUAUUAGUCAUUUUUCAUCUCAGUAAAAAGGACAAAACUAAAAAACUUUUUAGGACUUUCAUUGUAUAUUUUAUGAUCUUUAAAAUACACUUUGACUUGCCCUCCUUA